GCUUACUGACCGGUAAAAAAUUAGCAGUACAACUGCUGUCUUUUUAGAUUCCUGAUACGAUAAAAGUUUUAUUUAUUUUUUCUUGGGUAUCUCUCUUUCCGAAUUUGCAGUGUUGAUGUUCCCAAAAUCCAAACUUUAAAGCCUUGGGGGGAGUUGUGAUGGCAUUAGCAGCAGCCACUUUCAACGCUCCAAUUCUUGCUUCUGGUUUCAACCUAAACAGCUUUAGUGGCCGUACUUCUUCUAGGAAUUUUAUUUGUAAGACUUGUUCACUAGCGUCGCACGUCACACAAAGAUCAAUUGGAAGAUCUGGCAAUGAGAUUAACUUUAGAUGGAAGGAAGUCAAGCAACGGCAUUCAAGCCGGAGAGGUUUCUUCACAUGUAGAUAUGAUGCUACUACCUCUAAGGAAAAUGAAGAAAAUAUUUCACAAGCUACUUUGAUAUGGAGGGCAAUCAAAUUACCAAUAUACUCCGUAGCCCUAGUUCCUCUAACUGUGGGGAGUGCAGCUGCUUAUUUGCAGACAGGCAUCUUUUCUGCUAACCGUUAUUUUAUGCUGUUGGUGUCGUCAGUUCUUAUCAUCACUUGGCUUAAUUUAAGCAACGACGUUUAUGAUUUUGACACAGGAGCUGAUAAGGACAAGAAAGAGUCAGUUGUGAACAUUGUUGGCAGCCGCACGGGAACAUUCAUUGCUGCAUACUUGUUACUUGCCCUUGGUUUCUUUGGGCUUACCUAUGCAUCUGUGGAGGCUGCAAAUAUGCGUGCAAUACUACUAUUAGCUUCUGCAAUCAUUUGCGGUUACAUAUACCAGUGCCCGCCAUUUCGGUUAAGUUACCAAGGACUGGGGGAACCCUUGUGCUUUGCUGCAUUUGGUCCUUUUGCUACUACUGCCUUUUACUUGCUUCAAAGCAGCACGAGUGAGCUCCCAAUCACUUAUACAAUUCUUUCCGCAUCAGCACUUGUUGGUUUAACAACAUCACUUAUCCUAUUCUGUAGUCAUUUCCACCAGGUAGAAGGGGAUAAGGCCGUGGGAAAAUUUUCUCCGCUGGUUAGGCUUGGUACUCAAGCUGGUUCCAGAGUUGUAAAAGUGGGUGUGGCAGCACUCUAUUCAGGGAUGCUUCUUCUUGGUUUGACUCAAGCACUUCCAUUUACAUGCAUUAUUCUUUGUGCUUUAACAAUUCCAGUGGGAAAACUGGUCGUUAGCUAUGUGGAGAACAACUAUGAGGACAAAGCAAAGAUCUUUAUGGCAAAGUAUUACUGUGUGAGACUCCAUGCUCUAUUUGGGGUGGCUUUGGCUGCUGGUUUGGUAGCAGCUAAAAUGGUUGCUAGAUAUCAUGUUCCAAAACCAAUAUUCUGACUCACCAUUGUUUCCAGAAUCAGAAUUCAUCAGGAACUACCUGGCGCGAACACACAUUGUGGCUGAGAGUCCUACAAGCAUCAUGGAGCAAAUUUUUACAAACUUAGACUCUUCCGAAUGUAAAUUACAAGCAAAACUUUCUAUACAGGGAAAUUAGAAAGGUUGCAAAGUUCAUGGCAGCAAUAGCCUCAGUGGUUCUCAUCGAAUAGCCUGCAGUCUUCUUGGUUCAAUUGUCAUGGGGACAUUCAAAUUGCCCUUAGUUCAAUAAAUUUCCAUUUUUUACGGUAUUA